CAAACAGGUACGUGUGUAAUGGACCUGCGGCGUUUGAUCUGCUGCACGGCAGUGUUUGCCUUACUGUCAGGUGUUGAUGGAGACUGCAGCAGAAAUCAGUGGCAGUGUGAUGAUGGAGUGUGUGUGCCACACAGAUGGCGCUGUGAUGGUGUCAGUGACUGCCAGGAUGGAUCUGAUGAGAUGGACUGUUUAUGUCAACCAGGAGAUUUGGAGUGUGUGGAUGGUUCCGGGUGUGUGUCUGAGUCGGGUGUUUGUGACGGGCGGCCCCAAUGUCCUGAUGCUUCAGAUGAGUGGGAUUGCAGCCGGAAUUUAGGGUGCCUCUCAGGUGACUGGAAGUGCAAGAACAACAUCUGCAUCCCACAAGACCUUCACUGCAAUGACGUCAACGACUGCGGCGAUAACUCUGAUGAAGAAACAUGUGGUUCCUGUGGGAAGAUGAAUAUCCGGUGUGCUGAUGGCAGGUGUCUAAGCCAGAGAGAGAGGUGUGAUGGAGUCGCUCAGUGCCCAGAUAAGAGAGAUGAGCCUCUUACAUGUGGUAAAAGUUGUCAUAAUGGCAAUGGCGGCUGUAGCCAUACUUGCAUUGACCAGCUUUGGGGAGCCUUGUGCAGUUGUCCCACUGGAAUGACCCUUUCUGUAAAUGGACUUGAUUGUGAAGAUGUCAAUGAGUGUGAUCAGUCUUUCGGACCAUGCAUGCACUUGUGCACAAAUACACCAGGGUCUUUUCGGUGUCUGUGCCAGAAUGGUUUCAAAUCUCUUGGCAAUGGCUCUUGUGAAGCUCAAGGGCCUAUGAUGAAGAUUUUGACAACCAGGAAGGGGCUCAUUGGGUUAGUGAAUGUGAAGACCAGAGUGUAUGAGCCGCUCCUUACAAGUGAGAGUGACCCUAUAGCUAUGACCUAUGAUAUCCGAAGGAACUUCAUUUACUGGGCUGAUCAAAAUGGGAAUAUCUUCAAGGCUUAUAACCGGAAGAGCAUGAUUCUGUAUACAGGGCAGUCUGGUGUGAAGAGUCUAGCUAUCGACUGGCUUACUGGACAGCUGUAUUGGGCAAGUGUUACCCAGAAAGCCAUCUACACUGGUGCAGCUGAUGGUAGUGCAGUAGGCAUAGUCAUGUCCAAAGAAAUGGUCCCAAGCGAUAUGGUCCUCAGCCCAAUCGAGAGUUUCAUAUUUUGGAUUAAUAAAGGAACGAAUGAAGAAAUAACCAUUGAGAGGGCGGAAAUGGAUGGUUUGAAUCGGACAACGCUGAUGUUCAUUACUGCACAAUUACCAAGAAGUCUUACGUUGGAUGUGGCAGCACAGCGAUUGUAUUGGAUCAGUCUUUACAAAAUGUCAAUUGAGAGCAUUAGGACAGAUGGCACUGGGCGGCACACGUUUUGGGAUUUCUUUCAAGGAAGUCGUGCUCAGACCCUGGCCGUGUUUAAUGGCUGGUUCUACUGGGCUGAUGAGAAAAAACUCUGGCAGGCUCCUCAAAAUCUGCCUGCUGCCAAACAAGAUGGAUUCAUCCUAAAAGCCUCGCUUCCUUACCUGAACAUCUACCAUGCACUUCAGCAACCCCAAGGUUUUACACCAUGUAAAAACUCAGGCUGCCAGCUGUGUUUGCCCUCCAAGAAAAGUGAUGUUGGAUUUACCUGUCUGUGUCCUGAGGGAGCGUUGCCCAUGUCUUGGGGUUCUUGCGAAAAUUUUAAGGUUGCCUAUGCAACAGCCACAACCAUAUACAGUUUGGAGUUUGCAGGAAAGACUCCUGUGAAAACUGAACUCUUUACUUCAGAUGAAGACAUCCAGUCAUUUGACAUGUACUUGCAGCGAGGAUGUCUGGUUUGGUCUAAUGGGACAGGCCACGUAAAGAUUAACAUACAUACUCAGGACUUGUCCGAGUACUUUCUGACUUUAAAACCAGCCUGCGUUGUUAGAGUUGACCAGAGAACCGGAAAUCUGUAUUGGCUGGCAUGUGAUGAACUUUCCAUUGGCGUUUCAACCAUUGGCCCCCUUGACCAAAGUAUUUCCAGGCAGCUUUAUCAAGCCAAAACUUCAAUCCUAGACCUGUUUGUGGAUUGGCAGAGAGGAAAGCUGUACUGGCUAGAGGGAGGUCAGAUCAUGAGAAUGAAACUGGGUCUGAUUGGUGGAAAAGCAGAAGUCAUAUUCAGCUUUGAGGACAGUGGAGUGGACCGUAUUGUGUUUGACAGAAAAGCGAAUGGCUUCCUUUGGAACAUGGAGUCUUACUUGCAGGUUAUGAGCCUAUUGAAGAUGAGGAAGUACUCAGCUGGUUCAGAUUGGGUCGUUCCUGGCUCCAUCAUGGCUGCUUAUGAACCCUACAUGGUGGCAUUGUUCAAUAAUGUCCUGACAGUUUGGAAUCGUAAAGAUGGAGCUCGUGUCUCUGGGGUGGUGGUAGAGAAUGGAGUUGUUAGCUUAUCUGUUGCCCUCAGGGAAGUCCAACAAGAUAAGAUGGCCGAAGAUGUGCGUCCUACUGAGGUGACUUGCAAAAGUCCCCAUGUCUUUUGUCAAGGCUCAACAGUGUGUAUCAGUCGAUCUCAACGGUGUGAUGGGAAGAGAGACUGUCCAGAUGGGUCUGAUGAGGCCUCAUGUUUACACAUGUGUGCAAAGCCAGGUGACUUACUGUGUAAGGAUGGAAGUAAGUGUGUGGAGAGAGAUUUGGUGUGUGAUGGUCGCUCUCACUGCAUUGACGGUUCAGAUGAGAUGGGAUGUCCCACCAUGGCUGCUGAAACCUCAACCACAGCGUCAUUAAAGUGUCGUGUGGGCUCUAAACCCUGUGAGGAUGGACAUGAGUGUGUCCUGUACAGUCAUGUGUGUGAUGGAGAGAUGGACUGUAAAGAUGGAUCUGAUGAACGAGGCUGUGAAUAUAAGUGUACAGGAGAUCAGUUCCAGUGCGCUCAUGGGAGGAUGUGUAUCGACAAAAAGCAGGUGUGUGACGGCACACCUCAGUGUCAGGACCGCUCUGAUGAAAUGGACUGUUUCACUCGUUCACACGACUGCAAACACCAGUGUGACAAUAAAACUCGCUGCAUCCCAGAAAGCUUCGUCUGUGAUGGAGAGAAAGACUGUGUAGACGCCACUGAUGAAGACAGCUGCUCUGAGAUUAAAAGAAGUGAUAUAAAUUUGGCACUGAACAAAGGCAGCUCAGGCUUUGCAGCUCCGCCUCCAAUCUGUAGAAGUCCAUCCAUGAUGUGUCCAGGAACAUCACUGUGUAUUUCCCAGAUUCGGCUGUGUGAUGGGAAGUUAGAUUGUCCGGAUGGUUCUGAUGAAGUUUCGUGCAUACAUGUUUGUUCAAAACCUGGUGACUUCCUGUGUAAGGACAGAAGGAAGUGUAUUGAUGGGAAUCUGGUGUGUGAUGGCCGCUCUCACUGCCUUGAUGGUUCUGAUGAGGUGGCUUGCUACAUGGUGGCUAGAUCCUCAACCACAGCGUCAUUAAAGUGUCGUGUGGGCUCUAAACCCUGCAAGGACGGACGUGAGUGUGUCCUGUACAGUCAUGUGUGUGAUGGAGAGCUGGACUGUAAAGAUGGAUCUGAUGAACGAGGCUGUGAAUAUAAGUGUAAAGAAGAUCAGUUCCAGUGCGCUCAUGGGAGGAUGUGUAUCGACAAAAAGCAGGUGUGUGACGGCACACCUCAGUGUCAGGACCGCUCUGAUGAAAUGGACUGUUUCACUCGUUCACACGACUGCAAACACCAGUGUGACAAUAAAACUCGCUGCAUCCCAGAAAGCUUCCUCUGUGAUGGAGAGAAAGACUGUGUAGACGCCACUGAUGAAGACAACUGCUCUGAGAUUAACAAAGGGGAUAUAAAUUUGGCACUUAACAAAGGCAGCUCAGGCUUUGCAGUUCCGCCUCCAAUCUGUAGAAGUCCAUCCAUGAUGUGUCCAGGAACAUCACUGUGCAUUUCUCAGACUCUGCUGUGUGACGGGAAGAUAGAUUGUCCGGAUGGUUCUGAUGAAGUUUCGUGCGUACAUGUUUGUUCAAACCCUGGUGACUUCCUGUGUAAGGACAGGAGGAAGUGUAUUGAUGGGAGUCUGGUGUGUGAUGGCCGCUCUCACUGCCUUGAUGGUUCUGAUGAGGUGGCUUGCUACAUGGUGGCUAGAUCCUCAACCACAGCGUCAUUAAAGUGUCGUGUGGGCUCUAAACCCUGUGAGGACGGACGUGAGUGUGUCCUGUACAGUCAUGUGUGUGAUGGAGAGCUGGACUGUAAAGAUGGAUCUGAUGAACAGGACUGUGGUAGCCAAUGCCAAUCUGGUCAGUUCCAGUGUACCUCUGGAGGGAGAUGUAUUGAAAUGAAUCAGGUGUGUGAUGGGACUCCUCAGUGUCUGGAUAAGUCUGAUGAAGCAGGAUGCUGGAAACCCUCAAGGAGCUGCAGCAUGCGCUGUGACCUGGAUACUCACUGUAUUCCUGAAGUCUUCAUCUGCAAUGGGGUUAGGGACUGUCGAGAUGGCACAGAUGAAGCCAACUGUGCUAUAUCCAGACCAGCUCAGACAAGCUGUAAGAGUCCCUCUGUACUGUGUCUGGGAACAUCAGUAUGCGUGUCUCAGGGGCAGCUGUGUGAUGGCAGAAGAGAUUGUCCUGAUGGAUCUGAUGAAGCUUCUUGUAUAGAUGCGUGUGCUUCUGCAGGUGACUUCCUGUGUAAGGACAGGAGGAAGUGUAUUGAGGGAGCUCUGGUGUGUGAUGGUCGUUCUCAAUGCCUUGAUGGUUCUGAUGAGGUAGGAUGUUCCACCAUAGCGGCUAAAACUACAACAACAGCACCCUUCAAGUGUCGUGUGGGAUCUAAACCCUGUAAAAAUGGACAUGAGUGUGUCCUGUAUAGUCAUGUGUGUGAUGGAGAGAUGGACUGUAAAGAUGGAUCUGAUGAAGAACAUUGUGAACUUCAAUGCAAUCCUGGGAUGUUUCAGUGUAUUCAGGGAAAGAAGUGUAUUGACUUCCGGCAAGUGUGUGAUGGGACUCCUCAGUGUCCGGAUAACUCGGAUGAAGCAGGCUGCUGGAAACCCACCAAGAGCUGCAGCAUCCGCUGUGAUGGGAACACCCACUGUAUCCCAGAGGUUUUCAUCUGUAAUGGUAUGAGGGACUGUUGGGAUGGCUCGGAUGAAGCUGACUGUGCCAUGCCGACUCCUCCAUCACCGUGCAAAAGCCCUUAUGUGGCUUGUCAGGGGACGUCACUGUGCAUUCUGCAGCGAUAUCUGUGUGACGGGAGAAAGGAUUGUCCUGAUGGUUCUGAUGAGAGACCGUGCCUCCGCAACUGCCCAUAUCGCAGUGAUUUCAUGUGUAACGACAGGAGGAAGUGUGUGGAGAGAGAUUUGGUGUGUGAUGGCCGCUUUCACUGCCUAGACCGUUCGGAUGAGAUUGGAUGUCCCACCAUGGCUGCUAAAACCUCAACCACAGCGUCAUUAAAAUGUCGCGUGGGCUCUAGACCCUGUAAGGAUGGGCUUGAGUGCGUCCUGUACAGUCAUGUGUGUGAUGGAGAGAUGGACUGUAAAGAUGGAUCGGACGAAGCUGACUGCGAUUUUAAUUGUGAAACAGGGGAGUUUCAGUGUGCCCAUGGAAGAAAAUGCAUUGAUGCAAAGCUUGUGUGCGAUGGCAAACCACAAUGUCAAGAUUAUUCUGAUGAGAGAGACUGCUUUACACGCAGCAAGAGCUGCAGCCAUCGCUGUGACAACAAAACUCGCUGCAUCCCAGAAAACUUCCUGUGUGAUGGAGAGAAAGACUGUGUGGAUGGCACUGAUGAAUCUGACUGUGGGUACCCCACAAAGGUGGUGAAGUGCGAAAGUCCUUCUGUAUUGUGUCGUGAUGGGUCGCUGUGCAUCCCUCACACUAGUCUCUGUGAUGGCAAGAAAGAUUGUCCUGAUGGAUAUGAUGAAACAUUUUGCUUUGACAGAUGUCCCAACUCAGGUGACUUUUUAUGUAAUGACAGGAGGAAGUGUGUGGAGAGAGAUUUGGUGUGUGAUGGCCGCUCUCACUGCAUUGACGGUUCAGAUGAGAUUGGAUGUCCCACCAUGGUUGCUAAAACCUCAACCACAGCGUCAUUAAAGUGUCGUGUGGGCUCUAAACCCUGUGAGGACGGACGUGAGUGUGUCCUGUACAGUCAUGUGUGUGAUGGAGAGAUGGACUGUAAAGAUGGAUCUGAUGAACGAGGCUGUGAAUAUAAGUGUACAGGAGAUCAGUUCCAGUGCGCUCAUGGGAGGAUGUGUAUCGACAAAAAGCAGGUGUGUGACGGCACACCUCAGUGUCAGGACCGCUCUGAUGAAAUGGACUGUUUCACUCGCUCACACGACUGCAAACACCAGUGUGACAAUAAAACUCGCUGUAUCCCAGAAAGCUUCCUCUGUGAUGGAGAGAAAGACUGUGUAGACGCCACUGAUGAAGACAACUGCUCUCCCAUUACUGGGCCGUCCAUCACAGACCCUUCUAAAGUAUCAACCCAGCCAGCUUGCAUUAGCCCUUCUGUGUUUUGUCAUGAAACCUCAAAAUGCAUCACACAAUCCCAACUAUGUGAUGGGAAGGCAGACUGUCCCAGUGGAGCCGAUGAGCAGUUUUGCAUAUAUUCAUGUCCAGAUCCAGACCAGUUUCUGUGCAAGGACAGACGGAAGUGUGUUCGGAGAACCCUAGUGUGUGACGGUUACUCUCACUGCGCAGACGGAUCAGAUGAGAAACAGUGUCCCACCUGUGCUUUACAUUGUGACCAAAAAAUGGUGUGCCUGACUAAUCAGCAGCUCUGUGAUGGAAAACCAGACUGUAGAGACGGUUCAGAUGAGAGGAACUGUUACACUGGUCAUGUGGCUAGAAGUGCUUCAUUACCUCUGAAAUGUCCCUUGGGGUCCAAACCUUGUAGCGAUGGGAAAGAGUGUGUCCUGUACAGCCAUGUGUGUGAUGGAGAGAAAGAUUGCAAAGACGGAUCUGACGAGAGGAACUGUGAGCGUAAAUGUAAAAAAGGCCAAUUCCAAUGCACUCAUGGCAGGAAGUGUAUAGACAUGAAGCUUGUAUGUGACGGCACACCUCAGUGUCAGGACCGAUCAGAUGAAAUCAACUGCAUGAAGCUCUCAGAGGAGUGCCGACACCCAUGUGACAAUAAAACCCGCUGCGUUCCUGAAACCUUCCUCUGUGAUGGAGAGAGAGACUGUGUGGAUGGCACUGAUGAAUCCAACUGUGUGGUAGAGCCGUGUUCAAGUGAUCAGUUCCAGUGCAGUAACGGUCAGUGUGUGGCGCUGGCCCUCCGUUGUGAUGGGUACGCUGACUGUCGUGAUCAUUCGGAUGAGAAGGGCUGUUCUCAGCCUUCACACUGUCCUGUGGAGCAGCGCUGCCCCCACACUCAUGAGUGUCUGCUGAAAGAAUGGCUCUGUGAUGGAGACAAGGACUGCAGUGAUGGGUCUGAUGAGAGGAACUGCAAGGUGACUCUGCUGAAGUGUGGUGAGUUCCAGUGGUCAUGUGCAUCUAAAACUCAAUGCAUUGCGAAGACGUGGAGGUGUGAUGGCGUGAAGGACUGCAAGGAUGAGAGUGAUGAAUCUGGAUGUGGUCAAGUGAAAUGCCCGACACACUUGUUCCGGUGUGGAAGUGGGGAGUGUGUGGACCCAGAUCUGGUGUGCAACAGGGGACCUGACUGUGCAGAUGGUUCUGAUGAGGGUGUGGGCUGUCUGAAGAACAACUGCUCCAGUCCCAGCAGCCCAUCAUGUCAACACUACUGCUUCAACACUCCACAUGGAGCGAGAUGUGGCUGUAAGACUGGCUUCAGGCUUCAGUCUGACGGUUUAACCUGCAAUGACAUCGAUGAAUGCAAAGAGAUUCAGCCUGCUGCCUGUAGUCAUAACUGCGUCAACACGCUAGGCUCCUACCUGUGUCGAUGCCACCCUGACUUUAUACUGGAGCCAGAUGGGCGCAACUGCAAGACAGCAGAGGAGCCCAGUCUUUUGGUAUCUGAACAGUACGAGCUUAUAAAGCUGGGUCUGCGAAGCUUCAAUAUUCAAGCUCUCAUCACACCAGGACGGAAGCCCAUCUUCUCUCUUGACUAUGACCGCAGAGAGCAGAGGGUUUACUGGGUUAGUCUGGAGGAAGAGAGCAUCAAAUAUGCCUUCCACAGAGAAAAGGACAACAUUGGAACUAUCGUCAAAGGUGUGAAGUCAGACUCCAUUGCUGUUGACUGGUUGGGAAGGAACCUUUACUGGGUCGAUGGUGUUGCUGGGCAGAUUCUAGCUGUGAGAUUGACCAGCAGUAUUGUAAAGCCACAAAACUACAUUGUAGUUCUGGACAAGGAUUUGAAGCAGCCACGCUCACUUGUGCUGCUGCCACAGAAAGGGAUGAUGUUCUGGUCAGAGAUCGGAGAUCAAGCACAGAUCGAGCGCUCUAGCAUGGACGGCUCAGACAGGAAGAUGGUGAUCAGCCGCGGUCUCAACUGGCCUGUCAGUGUGACGGUGGACAUUUUGACUGACAGACUAUAUUGGACUGACGAGAAGCUCAGAUGUAUAGGCUCAGCGACAUUGGAUGGAGAAAACAUGAGGUUGCUACAGCUGUCUGAGAUGCCCAGUCCUUUCUCUCUGGCUGUGUUUAAUGAUAUGGUCUACUGGUCUGACACUCAUAGAAGAUCCAUUCAAGGUGCCAAUAAACUGACUGGCAAAAACCGCAAAGUUGUUCUCAAGAGACCUGGACAGCCGUUCGACCUCAAAGUUGUCCACCCUCUUUUACAGCCCAGUGUGUCUAACCCCUGUGAGAAGCUCAAGUGCUCCCACAUGUGUUUGCUGGCUCUGGGGCUCAAAGCGGUGUGUCGCUGCCCGGCAGGACUUCUCUUGGCUGUGGACGGAUCUAUUUGCGCUCCACCUGUCGAUUCUACUUCCUCUUUCCUUAUGCUACUGUCAUCUACCAUGAUAACACAGAUCUUCACCAAGAACCUUCAAGGAGAGGUUGGGCUGAAGACAUGGCCAGAGCAUCGUGCCUUGACUCUCCCUGACGUGAAUGAGGCUUCAGACUUUGAUCUGCUGCUCAAAGACCGCACCAUUUCCCUUGCUGAUGCAGGACAGGGCUCUGUAGUUCAGCUCAAACUAAGCAGCUCUGGCUUCAUACCAGUAGGUCACAUGCUUCAGCUCAAAGGGGACCUGGUGACCGCUCUAACUGUGGACUGGGUCACGCGUAACCUGUACUGGAGCAGCGUCAAGAGCCCCCAGCUUUACGUCACUUCCCCUGGAGGAAAGUACACCAGCCUGGUGCUGCAAGCUGAAAUCGAGAGUACGAUCUCCAUCGCCCUACACCCUCCCACGGGCAGGUUGUGCUUUACCACAGUGGGGCGGAGGGGGUCAGAGCCGCUGCCCCAGGUCGACUGCGCUCACAUGGAUGGGAAGAAUCGCACGCUGCUGUGGAGCAAAGCAAAGAUGCCUGCUUCACUCGCAUUUUCUGAGAAAGGAACGUCACUGUAUUGGGCAGAUAUUGGCAGUGAACUGAUUAGCUCUAUUAAUAUAGACGGAUCUAAUUAUAAAGAGUACCUUACCGGACAUGCCUUCAUUGUGUCUUUUGCCCGUAUUGAGAACAUCUACUUCUGGAUCACCCUGGAAAACGGUACAACUAAAGUGUGGUACACCGAUGGCUUCCAGCCCAAGCAAAUGUGGUUUGAGGUGAAGAUGAGCAUUAUAGAGAUGAAGGCUUACAGCAAGUCCAGUCAGAAAGGAACCAACGUCUGUUCUGAAAACAAUGGGGGUUGCAGUCACCUGUGCCUGCCAUAUCCAGGCGGACGCUCGUGUCGCUGUGCGCAGGACUACCUUACUGUGAAUAAGACUAAAUGUGUUUCCAAUCUCAAGUGUCCUGUGGGCAGUAAAGCCUGCAGUGACGGCCUCGAGUGCAUCCCUGUGUCCAAGUUCUGCGACCAGGUCCCAGACUGCCAGGAUGGCUCAGAUGAGGACUGUGACCUUGUGAGAACCAAACCAGGUGUCAAAUCCAAAUCUGGGACUUACUUUCUUCACCCUGCUGUUGGACUCUCUCCAUCUGCAGACAACAAGGUGGAGCAGAAUCUGGGCAGUCAGUCAUGUGAUGAACGAUGCGGCAGUCAUGGGAAGUGUGUGAGCGUGGAGGGUGAGCCGGUGUGUGAGUGUGAGGAGGGCUACAGCGGGGAUCUCUGUCAGAACGCCAACUCCAGCUCCACUGCCCUCGCUCUCACACUCACCUUUCUCUUCGGAGGAGCUCUGGUGGCCGCCGUCAUCCUCCAGAGGAGAAGGGCGCAAGCAGCAAGGGAAGAGACUACUGAAAAAGAGACCCUUGUGACUACUGACAUGGAAGAACACACAACCUUCUCUCAAAACUUUGCUAAUGAGUUGUACGAUCCAGAAGAGGCUCCGACUAGUCCAGCUGUCACCACCCCUGUUGUCAGCUAAUUUUUUUUUUUUUUAAAUGUCUAAUAAAACAAUUAGCAUUGCAA